AUGGCGUUUUGCAUCGCAAACCUCUGCGAUAAUUUUGUGCACUCAAUUACCUCAUCGGAAAAUUCGAGCCAUCUCGAUCGCGUCGAAGACGAAUCGACUGUUGGACGUGAGGUGACGUCCCUCAAAGUCAUUCGAUUCGGCUUCGACUCCCACACCUCCCUUCACGAGCACAGUCAUUCAACGCAGGAGGCGUCCGAAGACAUUCCCGUCCUUAGAUAUCAGGAAUUCGAAUACACACCCAUCCAAAUGGACAGCAACGUGACGAGCACCGUUCACGUCGAACGCCGCGAGGAGCACUACAAGAAUGGCGAACUCGUCUCUUCUCAUGUUGAGUGUGAUGACGAACCAUUCGCAUUUGAUAGGGUGGAGUAUGCAUCGGAGCCAGUUGAGAAUUUCGACCAAUCAUAUGAUAAAGUCGAAUAUGGAUCGGAACCAGACGAACAAAUAGAGCAGAUCUCAACUGAUCCAAUAAUGAGUGCAGUCACCACCACUACCACAACUACUCGAACUGAAACUAGUGGAUCUAAAGAAGUCAGCCGAAGGGAAACUCGCACCUCAACGCAGAACUCUGCCACAAGCGAGCCGUCUCCACAACUCCGCGCAUCCCAAGCGCAGGAACAGCUGGGCAGUUCUAAGGGAUAUCAAGCCUAUUCAGAGGUGAUGGAGUCUACGGAUUCUCUUAGCAAGGCGAGUGUUGAAGAAAAAGAGCUCGUGCCUCAUUUGGUCAGACCAAAAGUUCGUGACAAUCCUCGACCAGUGAUGCUCGACAAGGGGGUCUACAGGUAUACCGAGUACAAGUUCAAAUCGAGGAGCGAUAAGGACAAUGCCGAAGGGCAGAUCAUCCAGGCAUCAGAUUCUGAAGCUAAGAAGCAUUCACAAACUCACCAUACACGCAAAGAUCACCGUCAUCGUAGAUCAGAGAGUCAAGAAGAGGUUGAGAUCCGUACUAGUAUGCACUCCUCACCGGCCUCAACGCUGGUCCGUCAAUCGACCCGUCCAAACAUGGAUCUUCCACCGAGUACUGGAGCAGUCAGGAUGCUACGUGACAGAAUUGAAACGGGAGAGAACAACGAGCACAAGAAACCCACAACCAAAGAAAUCGACAUUUUUGAAAGUUUGAAUGAAACUGCUGAAGCCAAGAAUGAAAAUGACUACCAAGCUGAACUUGACGAGCGUCAAGCCGAACUCAGCGAGCAGAAGCGUCACACAUUCCAUGAGCUUUACUACCGUCAACCAAUUGAGAUUCAGAAAUCACAAGUGAAGAGCAGUCACUAUCAAAAUUCCACCAUUGUAACCACGCGCGAUGCUCGCCGCCACGGUGACUUACAACCUGAUGUCGUGAAUCUUCGCCAUGUCAACCAAACCUCUGCGAAGAACACUUCUCACCACUACUCUGGUGAGCUAGUGAACCUCCGCACCGUUAAUCAGUCUGGAAUACAGAGUUCUAAUCAGUAUAAUGAGACAGUGCAACAGACGAAGGUCUACCCAACUGCUAGGCGUGAGACAAUGAAUCAAUAUAAUCAAUCGAUAGAACAGGUGAAUCUACGUCCUGCACAAAAGGGAAUUCACAAUGUAUACAAUGAAACAAUGCAGCAAGAAAAACUACGCUCUGUCUAUCCUCCUGCCCGGCGAGAAGCGACUAAUCAAUACAGCCAAUACAACCAAUUUGAAAAAGUAAAUCCUCCAUCUGUUGUUGGUGGAGAGAACAUCAAUCAGUACGGUCAAUAUAUUGAAGAAGUGGAUCUUGAUCAGUCUGCUGAAAAGGAGAUCUACAACCCCUACGCAGACGUAGCCCUUCGGCAUGUAUCUCAGCCCCGACGAGAGUCUUCUGGUCGAUAUAGUCAAUCAGUAACAGAACAGGUGAACCUGCGCAAUGUUAGCCAGACUACAGGAAGACAAACGACGACAAGUGAGCAGAGUUAUGUUCAACAGCAGGUUGAACCCCAAUACCAGCAGAAACAGGUCACUCAGACCGUAACGCGUACAUCGGGGCAGAUCCAGACAAAUCAAAACUUGUACCCGCAACAGGCAGUCACAAGACAAACCUACUCAUACAACGCUGUCAACCAGCAACCGCAGGAAGUUGCGCAUUCCCCUGGAAUUCAUAUUGGUGGUGUGGUGGGCAACGUUGUAGACAACAGAACUGCUCAAGGAGAGGUAUAUACAACGAGAACAUCCACCUAUGUGCCUCAGAAACAGUACGUCACUCAGGAAAGGCAAAUCACUCUUUCACCAGUGCCAACACCCACAGAGGUGGCGCCAACUGCAUCUGCGCGUACGUCACGAGCCCACGACGAGAAGUUUAAUUCGAUGAGAGUUGUGAGAAAUGUACGCGCUUUUGUCAACGAGUGGGGACAGAAGGACUUUGUGCCUCCCGGUGGCAAGCCUCAGCUUCAGUUAUCUCCUAGAGCUAUAGUUUCUCCCACGUUCUCGGAAACUAAAGUCACAUCGACUGUACAGCAAAAUGUCACUCAACCUGCGCAAAGAGUUGUUACAACAACUACCACUACUACCACUGCUCCUCCUAAAGAACAUAUUCAAACUCGCACCGAUGUGUCAAAGCAGACGAUUGUAAAGACAGAAUCACAUGAGGUUGGAGGAGGAAAUGCAGCUCAACGCCAGCAACUUGCGUCCACUGCAAUAGCAGCAGCGCCAGUCCCGGCCAAGCGCGAAUCGGUUGUCAUUGCACGUGCACGUUCAGCAUCACCUCCAGUAACGGAUUAUCCACAAUACCAUCACGAAUACCAUUGCUGCUACUGUCCAUACCAUCAUGAUCAUUAUGCAAGUGAGCACCAAAGUCAGCCGAUGCUGAAGUAUGAAAGCUACGCAGUCACACCCAAGGUGGAAGAGCAUUAUUCGAGAGCACUGCAUCAUCCGCAUCCUGAGGAGCACAGAGAACAUGUUGAAGAAGAGGAGUCAUUCACGCUGGUCCCAGUAUCCGUUCGCCGAGCCGACUACGAGCAGAAAUCCGGCCAAACCACAACCAAGAAGACUACUACCGGCAUGAAGCCAAUGAUUGAUGUGUUCUCCGUUUAA